CUCUCUCUUGGUCAUUACGGUAAAGCGAGCGCGAGAGGAGAGGGAGAGAGAGAGGGAGGGAGAAGAGAGAGAGAGCGCGGAGGGGGGGAAGAGUGGGAGGAGAGAAAAAUCGAGGGAUCACCCAGCUGCCCGCCCCACUCCCGUCCCCAUCGCCUCUCCCGCAAAACAGCGCAGGGAUCAUGACAACGCUCACAGUCGGGCACUGGGAGCUUCGUGAGCGGCGCCGGUGAGCACCCGGGGGGGGGGGUCGGAGUCUCACCCAUGCGGCACCCGCGUCCUUGAGGUUCCUCCUCUUCUUCCCUCCCCUGUCCCGCACCCUACCAUCGGUCCCUUUCUCUUCUUUCCUCUAUCUUUUCUCUCUCGUUCUCGCUCUGCUGUCCCUUGCUGUCGCUCUUACACCGCCCGUCCGCCCGCUACCUCCACUACUCACCUCUGCUUGCUCUACGUCUUCCCCACCUCUUGUCUUCAACCACCCAAGCCUCUGCCUUCUUCGUAUUCUCCUCCUCCAUCCCCGCGUGCGUUCUGACAAAACAAAAAGAAACACAACAAAAACAAUGGGAUUCGAUUUGGACCGCUUCGCCGAGGAGGUGGAUCCGGACUUCAAGUGCAACCUGUGCAAUAAGGUGCUGGAGGACCCGCUCGCCACCCCGUGCGGACACGUGUUCUGCGCCAGCUGCGUGCUGCCCUGGGUCGUGCAGAAGGGCAGCUGCCCCGUGCAGUGCCAGCGCGUCUCCACCAAGGAGCUCAACCACGUGUUGCCCCUGCGCAACCUCAUCCUCAAGCUGAACAUCAGCUGCGAGCACCGCGCCCGGGGCUGCGAGCGCGCGGUGCGCUUGCAGCAGCUGUCCGAGCACGCGGACAUGUGCGACUUCUCUCCGGCCAAGUGCCGCAACAAAGGCUGCCCCGAGGUGCUCAAUCUCCGCGACAUGGACGCGCACAUGCGCGAAAGCUGCGACUAUCGCCCGGUGGGCAUCUGCGAGCGCGGCUGCGGACUCAUGCUGGUGCAGCGAGAUCACCGGGGCGACGCGGCGGGAGCCGGUGGUGGUGGUGGAGGUGGUGGUGGUGGACACUCGUGCCUCAAGGCGUUGCGCUCGCACUCGGCGUCCGUCAUGGCCAAGGUGGCGAGUCUGGAGUACGAUUGCAAGAAGGCAGCGCUGCGUGCCAGCAAGCGCGAGAAGUCGCUGCUCUCCCAGGUGUCGGCGCUGCAGAGCGAGCUGCAGUCCACGGCGCUCAGGUACCAGAAGAAGCUGAGCGAGUACCGAGUGCAGCUGGAAAGACUCAGCAAGAGCCUCGCGUUCCCGGCCAAGGGAGGGGAGCCGUCGACUCUGACCGUUGUACUGCAGCGACAGCAUGGCUCUCUCGGAUUUAACAUCAUUGGCGGACGCCCCAGCCCUGACAGUCAAGAGGGGACAUCUGGCGAAGGGAUUUUCGUGUCCAAAGUGGUGGAGAACGGCCCUGCGGAUAAAGACGGAGGGCUUCAGGUGAACGACAGAGUUAUUGAGGUGAACGGCAAGGACCUGAGCAAGGCGACGCACGAGGAGGCGGUGGAGGCGUUCCGUGCCGCCAAGGAGCCCAUCGUGGUUCAAGUGCUGCGCCGCGCCCCACCCCGGCCCAAGCCCUCGGCUCCCUCCACGCCCGGCUCGGGGACCCCGGGCUCCGGAUCCGGCACGCCGGCCGGCGGGCCCGACCCCUUGCUGGUGGACGCCACCACGCAGACCGACGUGUCGUUCGAGCGCGUGUCGGCGAUCAGCAAGCUGAGGCCCGAGACGCCCCCCGUGCCGGACUUCCACCCGUGCCUGCUGAGCGACGGGCACACGAUCGCGGACGACUAUUACGAUAACAACGACUACCUUCCCAGCAUGCACCAGGAUCCCGAGAGAGCAGACGAGCUGGAAUACGAGGAAGUCGAGCUGUACCGCAUCUUUAGCCAGGAGAAGCUGGGCCUCACCGUGUGCUACCGGACUGACGACGAGGACGACCUGGGCAUCUACGUGACCGAGGUUGACCCUAAAAGCAUCGCUGCCAAAGACGGUCGAAUUCGAGAAGGCGACCGAAUCCUGCAGAUCAACGGGCUGGACAUUCAGGACAAGGAGGAGGCGGUGGCUCUUCUCACCAACGAGGAGAGCCGCAGGGUCUCCCUGCUCCUCGCCCGGCCAGAGAUCCAGCUGGAUGAGGGCUGGAUGGACGACGACAGGAACGACUUCCUGGAGGAGCUGCACCUGGGCAUGCUGGAGGAGCAGCACCACGAGGCCAUGGAGUUCACAGCGAGCAUGCUGCAGCAGGAGACAUCUCAUCAGGAGGACGGGGGCCUCACGGACACGGCCACCACCUCCUCCAACCGGCACGAGAAGGACAGCGGCGUGGGGCGCACGGACGAGAGCACUCGCAAUGAGGACGACGAGGAGGAGGAGAGCUCCGAGGUGGAGCAGGAGAUCCCGGGCGACGACGAGAUUCCCAUCGACUGCGAGCCCGGCACGGGCACCCUGGAGAGCCAGCGCAGCCACGCCGGCGACAUGGACUACAACCGCGACACGCUGAGCAGCGGCGAGAUGCGCUACAGCAACGACUCGGCCGUGUCGGGCGACGGUCACGUGGACCUGGACCUGGCGGGCAUCGCCCCCGAGGAGUGCGAGCGCUUCCGUGAGCUGCUCGAGCUCAAGUGCCAGGUGAAGAACGCCAAGCGGCUCAGCAUGUACUACAGCAGCGCGGCCGCCCUGGGCCUCGGCAAGGCCGACCCGGACGUGGCCGACGCCGAGCUGGAGUUCCUCAACGAGGAGCUGCGCAACAUCGAGCUCGAGUGCCAGAGUAUCAUCCGUGCGCACAAGAGCGGCCAGGCUCGCGUCGGCCGAUUCGGAGCCGACGGGUGGAUGUUCCAGGACGGCGGCGGCGGAGGAGGAGGAACUGGACGCGGCGUCGGCGGCACGGGCAGCUUCAGGACGUUGUCGGGCCUCAAGCGCGACGGGCUGACGAACAUCACGGAGACGCCGGAGAAGUUCGACAAGGACACGUCGAGCGCGUACAACACGGCGGAGAGCUGCCGCAGCAGCCCACGCUCGCUCAAGCUCACGGCCGGCGGCACCGCGAACCAGUCGCUCGAGAGCACGGACAGUCAGCGCUCGGAGAGCGGCGCCAGCCAGAAGGGCGUCGGGCCGCCCUUCUCGAGGCCCGGCAGCCGAGACGCAAGCCCCGCCAAGCCCAAAGCGCAGGGCCCGGGCAAGGCGGAGGAGGGGAGCGAGCCCGCCGACGGCAAGGAGGGAGGCAGGACUGAGGAGCCGUCCGCGACGGCGGGCGGCGUCGCCGCGGCGACGGAGGCGAGCAGCGCGAAGCAGCUCUACCAAAAGCUGAGCGGCGGCGGCACCGGCGGCGCCGGCGGCGCCAGCGGCGCCAAGCAGGGGCAGUACCUGUCGCAGUACCGGCACUCGUCCUACCGCAGCACGCACAUCCCCGCGCACGCGCAGCACUACCAGAGCUACAUGCAGCUCAUCCAGCAGAAGUCGGCCGUGGAGUACGCCCAGAGCCAGAUGAGCCUGGUCAGCGUCUGUAAGGAGGCCUUUGCCACCCGCAACGGGUCCCCAACGGCCGAAAGCAAAAUGGAGUGGAAAGUGAAGAUCCGAAGCGACGGCACGCGAUACAUUACCAAGCGGCCCGUUCGCGACAAGCUGCUGAAAGAGCGAGCGAUGAAGAUCAAGGAGGAGCGCAGCGGCAUGACGACGGACGACGACGCGCUCAGCGAGAUGAAGAUGGGCCGCUACUGGUCCAAGGAGCAGCGCAAGCAGCACCUGUCGCGGGCCAAGGAGCAGCGUCGGCGGCGCGAGUUCAUGAUGCGCAGCCGCCUCGAGUGCCUCAAGGAGAACCCGCAGGAGGGUGGCUCCGCGGGGGGCGGCUCCGGCUCGGGCGGCUCCGGCAACGAGAGCGGCAACAACAAGAAGGAGGUGAACAUCAUCGAGCUGAGCCACAAGAAGAUGAUGAAAAAGCGCAACAGAAAGAUCUUCGACAACUGGAUGACGAUCCAGGAGCUGCUCGCUCACGGCACCAGGUCCCCCGACGGCACCCGCAUCUACAACUCGCUGCUGUCCGUGACGACGGUUUGAGACGACGUUCUGGCCGGGACGCGGUGGGAGACUCUGGGUGAC